AAACUAGCUAAAUAUAAUGUUUCGCUUAUGGCUUAUCGAGCAUCACUCAAACCUGAAAUAACUGUUUCAACAACUGAAACAGAAGAUGAUGGCAGUAUGGAUGCUUUUCCUCGUCGAGAAGAUGUUCUCAUUCGCAUGUCUCCACCGCCUGUACCAUCACGUAAUCUCAUUCAGACGACUACUACACCAAUUGCAAGCUAUGAUUUUCGAUUACCACCAUCAGUAAAUAGCGUUAGAUCACAACAACGCAUAGAGACGCAAGCAACUCAAUCUUUCUCAACAAAUGAUAUGGAAAAAACAGAAAUAACUACAUCCCAACUAGCUCCACAAGCAAAAAAGAAAAAUAGAAUCGAACAAAUCGACAAACCAACAUCACCUUUCUCAUCUCCGCGCAGACAUAUACCUAAAUCGCAAGAAUAUCCUUAUCAAAAUGUAUAA